AUGAAGUUCACCACCAUUGCCCUUGCUGCUGCUGCCUCCCUCGCCUCCACGGCGGUGGCCGCCAACUGCCAGACUGGUCUCCAGUACUGCGGUUACGUCCUCCUCAGAAAGGGCAACUACUACGCGCAAAUCGCCCAGGCUCUUGACGAUGCCAACAUGCCCACCGACCCCUCCCACAUCCAGAACACUCUGUUCCAGUGCGUUGGCGGACCCAACGGUGAUAUUGAUAUCAUCAGAUACUGCGGUGCCGCCUGCCAGGAUGGUGGCAACAACCACAGCGACACCUGCUAA